AGCAGGAAAACUUGGCAACUGGCUAUGAUCAAUGACUUCUCCUGCAUAAAGAUUCCAUCCAUGCUAAUAACUACUAGUUAUUUCAACCUUUAUCCAGGUUUCGCUCUUCCUGCCAUCCUACUAAACCAGAAGAUAAUCCCUCUAUAACGAUUAAGGUUCUCUUUUGGACUACCUAAUAGUCUAAUACCUUCAUCAUUGAGCACUUCUUUACCUUCUAAAAUUAACCUACGCUUUCAUCUUUAUCUGCCCUUUACAGUAUUUUGAGUAAUCAGUCCUCUGACAUUGGAAGCAAGGUUGAGGGGGGCUGCUCAAGCAGAGACUUUCCAGCUCAACUACAGGACAGCAAGAAGUAGGGGACAAAAAAUCAAAAUAUACCAGGCAACUAGUGAGAAAGAACAGAACCUCUCAAUGAAUCCUUAUCGGUCAAUCCUAUGGCGAUGGAAAGGUUGAGAAGGGCUGCUGAAGCAGGAGAUAUCGAUGAAUUGUACAACAGCAUUGGGGAAGAUGCAGAUGUCUUGAGGCUCUAUGAUGAUGCAGAAUUUGCUGAUACUCCACUACACGUAGCUGCAGAGAGAGGCCAUGCUGAUUUUGCAAUAGCGAUCAUGUACUUAAAGCCAUCAUUUGCUAGGAAGCUGAACCAAGGCGUCUUUAGCCCCAUUCACCUUGCCUUGCAACAAGGGCACACCUCGACGGUUCUUCGUCUCCUGGACGUUGACAAAGAUCUUGUUCGUGUCAAAGGGAAACAGGGCUACACUGCUUUUCACUACGUGGUUGAGAACGAGAACCUUGAACUUUUGGCUCAAUUUCUCAAAGAUUGUCCGGCAUGCAUCGAAGAUGUAACAAUUCAAAAGAAGACUGCCUUACAUAUUGCAGCAGAAAACCAUAGAUUUGAAGCUCUUGAAAUCCUUGUGCGGUGGCUUGAAAGGACUCAUCUCUACGGAAAAGUUUCAAGAAAGCACCUAUUGAAUGCAAAAGAUACAGAUGGCAACACGGUGUUACAUAUAGCCGCUUCCCAUAAUCAACCCGAGAUGAUCAGGCUGUUAUUAGACUGUAAGGUGGAUACGAAGGCGGUUAAUUCAGAAAAUUUGACUGCUUUAAACGUCCUUAAGCGCCAAAGGGAUGGUGUAAUUGAAGACAAAGAGAUCUGUUUGAAGAUUCUACGCGAUACGGACGGUUCUGCUGGUUUGAGUGCUUUAUUCAAUCUUAAAGCUAAAGCUGAACCCGUACACGAGAAGUUUAGAUCAAGGAUCAUUUUUCCCGAGAAAGUAGCAAUUCGAGCAUUGGGGCCAAUCAUGAACAUGUCGGUUGAGAGUAUGAAUGCAUUACUAGUAGCUUUAGCACUGAUUAUGACAGCCAUUUAUGAAUCCUUGCUCAGUCCACCGGGCGGUGUUUGGCAAGGCAACGAUCCCAAUGACACUAGGGUUGGCAAUUCAGUCAUGGAUGUGAAUACCUUUUCAAAUUUCUUCUGGAGUCUCUUUGUUUUGGCUAUUUUCACAUUAUCUCUUACCAUUGCCAUACUCCAACUUGCUACUGGUAGUAGCGCCAUCGCGAUUCUGGCUGAAGUACUAGCGGUAUUAGUAACUCGAUCCUUCUAUUAUGCGUGGUGGACUAUAAGACCAGCUCAUGAUAUAUAUGUAUACAGCAAGGAUCCAGAUGAAGCAGUGCUUGCGAUCGUUUUGAUUACUUUAGCAUGCAUGGAAGCCAGCAGAUGGUUCUUGAUCAUUUCCAAGAGAUUGUAUUUGAACCAUCGAAUGUAAACGGGAUUGAACCGUGGAAUAUAUAAGGAAGAUUCAGUCACGCACCGGCGUGUCUUUUUAUAUUUUCAUGUUCGAUUAUUAUUUUGACAUUUUAAUGAAAAACAUAGUGUCAUGCAUUGAUUUCUUGUGA